GCUGCAAGUUUCGCAGCUUCAUGUUCCGCUUUUACACCACGGAAGAGUGAUAAUAAAAAGAGGAUGGAGAUUUUAAGCCCCGCGUCUUCCGCCAGUCCCUUUCUACGGUGUGUUUUGGAAGGAGAUAUUCAGGCUCUCCAGCUACUCUUUGAAAAUGAACAACAUGAACAAGCCCAGCAACUGCUCUCGGAACAGGAUCUAUUGGGGAGGAAUCCCCUAUUUCUAGCCUGCAUUUUAGGUCGCACUGAUGUGGUGAAAGAACUAGUUAAGCGAGGAGCAGAUGUAAACCAGCAAACAGCUAGAGGUUAUUUACCUCUGCAUUGUGCAGCGGCCUGGGGUCAGCUCGAGGUGUUGAAGACGUUGGUGGAGUUAGGAACCGACAUCACGGCUGUUAACUUCCAAGGUGAAAAGGCAUGUCAAGUAGCUUCCCGGUACAACAAGACAGAGUGUAUCGAUUUCCUGAACUGGGACGAGGCGAAGCAUGCUUUGAAGACAUAUAUCAGCUUUAUUCAACAGACCAUGGCAGACCCAGAAAGGGUGCAUGUUAAACUCCUCAAAGAUGAGAAGGUACAGGUUAACAAAGCUUGCAAAGCCAAAACUGAAUGGUUAGAACACACCAAGAAUCCAACCACUCAAGAUUUUAUAGAACAGAAAAGUCAACUGGAAGCUGCUGUGCAAGUCGUGUUAACCAAACUGAAUACACCAAGAGCUGAGAGUGGAAAAACCAGUAGAAAGUGAAACUUCAUACAUGUCAGUUUGUAUUCCGACGUCCCGGGAAAAGAUCAUUAUGUGGGCUUUUUCUUUCCAUCUACUGUGAUAUCCAACGUGUCUUGGUAGAUAUCCUACAAAGUACUGGACAGGUUUGUCCACAUACUCCAAUUGUAGAUUGACAAGUUAUGUAAAGUCUAAUUAUGCCUUUUUUUGUAUUAUCACAUAUAUAUAGAAAAUAAAGUACAAGGUAAUGACACAAAAGCAA